AUGGGUCAGAAAAUGGUGAGGGAGGAAUGCCAAGGCAAGAAUGUCGUGGAAACAGGAGUGGACCGACUUUUAGCAUCUCACUUCGGAGUUUUACAAAACGCCAAGGUCGGAGUUAUCACGAAUGCGAGUGGCGUUUUCCAGAAUCUUAAACACUUGGUGGAUGUGCUUCAUGAAGCUCCAGAAGUUGACCUUGUCGCCAUAUUUGGACCUGAACAUGGUUUCAGGAGUGCUUCGCAGGCAGGUUCUUCAGAGACCUUUUACAUCGAUCCAAGAACAAAGUUGCCGGUGUAUGAUACGUACCUGAAGAGUGGCAAAAGUUUAUCUGACAUAUUUGAGAAAGCUGGAGUAGAUAUUCUUCUCUUUGAUAUCCAAGAUGUCGGGGCCCGGUUCUUUACAUAUAUAUGGACUAUGUACGACUGCAUGGUGGCAGCAGCUGCUUCCACGCAGCCCAUCAAGUUUGUUGUACUUGAUCGGCCAAAUCCAGUUGGAGGCACUAUCCUUGAUGGUCCUCUUAUGAAGCCGGCAUUUUCUUCUUUCGUCGGUAGAAAGGCGAUCCCUUUGCGACAUGCGAUGACAGUCGGUGAACUGGCAAUGCUCUUCAAUGCUGAGUACCUUCCAAGUGAUUCCACAAAGCAGAGGUAUCAGCAGGUUGACCUUGAAGUGGUUGCGAUGAAUGGCUGGAAUCGGAGCAUGUACUUCAGAGACACUGGCCUCUUAUGGGUUCCUCCUUCCCCUAACAUUCCGUCCUCUGAGACAUGCCUAUUCUACUUAGGCAUGGCUCUCUUCGAAGGAUCGAACUGCUCUGAAGGACGGGGUACCGCACUUCCAUUUCAGAUGAUUGGAGCAUCAUGGAUCGAUUAUCACUUAGUGGAGCAUUUGCAGCAACAUGACUGUCCAGGCGUUCUGUUUCGAGAAGCUUGCUUUACUCCAUCAUCCAGCAAGUUUGCUGGUGAGACGAUCGACGGCCUUCAGGUACACAUUACUGAUGCAGAGUUGUUCAACCCAAUUCGCACUGCGCUGACCAUACUUUCUUCUUUACUCAAACUUUAUCCAAAGCACUUCCAGUGGCGAGUAGAUGGUUCAGUGCAUUGGGUGGAUAUGUUACUGGGCACUAACAGCAUACGGGAAGGCAUCAAUAGAGGAGAAUCAGUAGAUGAGUUGAUGGCGAGUUGGCAAGAUGAUGUCAUGUGGUUCGAUGUCAUGCGACGAAAGUAUCUGAUAUAUGUGUAG